AUGGAGCCCGACGUCGACAAGCCUAGCGCCAGUCAGAGCGCCCCGCUCGACGACUCGGGUGACACGCUGAACCACGACGGCGCCGUGAAACAAGGUUCGCCCCAUCUUGGCCCUGGCAACCACAUUUCCCUGCGUGCUGUCGCUCCUGUCCACGUCUCGGUACGCGACAUUGCCGUCCAGGUCGACAUCUCGCCCUCAGGCCCGGCUGCCGCGCUUCACGCCCUGUCCGCGACCCAGCCUGCCAGUGCUGAUGCCCGCGACCUCAAGCCCAUCCUGCACAAUGUCUCCGCAGACAUGCCGAGCGGUACCCUGACCGCAGUCAUUGGCGGCAGCGGCUCGGGCAAGACGACGCUGCUCAACGUCAUGUCAAACCGCAUGCACGGACGGAGGCUGCACAUCCACGGUGCCACCCUGUUCAACGGCCACGACCUCCGCGGUGAUCUCUCGGCCAUCAGCGCUUAUGUCAUGCAGACGGAUGUGCUGCAGCCUACCUUGACUGUAAGAGAGACUCUGCAGUAUGCCGCUGACCUGCGCCUUCCCGCCGCCGUGACCAAGGACGAGCGUCGCCGCAUCGUUGACGAGGUCAUCCUGGAGCUCGGUUUGAAGGAGGCUGCUGACACGAGGAUCGGCAACAACGUGCACAAGGGCUGUAGCGGCGGAGAGAAGCGGAGGACGAGCAUUGGUGUUCAGUUGCUUGCAAAUCCCUCUGUACUGUUCCUUGAUGAGCCGACCACUGGCCUGGAUGCAACGAGCGCCUUCCAGCUCGUCCGCACACUGAAGAACCUUGCGAGCAAGGGCAGGACCAUUAUCACGACCAUACAUCAACCACGCUCUGAGAUUUGGGAUCUUUUCGACAAUCUCGUACUACUGACCAAGGGCCAUCCAGCCUACUCCGGCUCUACUGUUGAUGCUUUGCCGUACUUCGAGAGUCUUGGAUACGAACUGCCCCCGUUUGUCAACCCCGCAGAGCACUUGAUCGAUGUCGUGGCCGUAGACAUCCGUUCCCCUGAGCUUGAAGAAGCUUCAACUGCUCGCGUUGAAGCUAUCAAGGCAGCUUGGAGCCAACAUGCCGAGGAAAAAUUCAGGAAAGACGACGACAAUCGGUCGUCUUCUCUGGCGCUACCCAAUCGUUCGAGCAAAGACUAUCAUGCCCAACUCAGCCGCCAGAUUCGUGUCCUUACCGCGAGGACGUGGAUCACUACUAUCCGGGACCCAAUGGGCAUGUUUGGUAGCUUUCUGGAGGCCAUAGCAAUGUCCAUUAUCACAGGUUAUAUCUUCUACCAGCUGGGCGAGGAUCAGGCCGGUAUCCGUUCUCGACAAGGCGCCCUCUACAUCGCUUCUUCUCUCCAAGGCUACCUCAUUCUCCAGUUCGAAGUCUACCGCCUAACCAUUGACAUUGAGCUCUUUGACCGCGAGCGUGGGGAAGGAAUCGUCAGCGUUCCGGGAUUCCUCAUCAGCCGCAGACUUGCCAGACUGCUCAUCGAAGACUUUCCCGUGCCGCUACUUUUUUCUCUCAUUUUUUACUUCAUGGCCGGCUUCCGCACCGAAGGAACCCAAUUCAUGACCUUUUUUGCUGUCAUACUGCUGGAGCAAUACAUCGCUGUCUGCUUUGCCAUGACUUGCGUCGCAGUAUCAAGGACCUUCGCUGGUGCUUCCUUGGUCGCCAACAUGGCCUACACCCUUCAGUCAAUGGCAUGCGGCUACUUCAUUCAGUCCAACACGAUUCCCGUCUAUGUGCGGUGGACCAAGUGGACAGCGUAUUGCUUCUAUGCCUUCGGUGCCCUUGCAGCUAAUGAGUUUGCUGGGCAUUUCUACGCAUGUCCUGAGGAAGGUGGACCCUCGAGCCCAGCCUGCAAACAGUACACGGGCGAGUACAUCAUGGAACAGCUCGGUUUCCCCUCAGAUUGGAUCUGGAGGCCUAUCAUUGUUCUCUUGGCCUUCGUUGUUGCCUUCUACAUCGGUGCCGGCUUCAUCCUUCGGUACUGGAAAGUCGAGAUGCAAAUCGGAAGAGCGCGCAAGGAUGAGUCGGAUGAGUCGGCGGGCAAGGAAAAAAUGACUGCAAGGUCUCUCCAGGAGGUACGGGCUGUCAAGCUUCGGCUGGAAAGUUACUCCCUGGAAAUCGAGAAGCGGAACUGGAUGGGUCGAAAGACAAAACAGCUGGAAGUACUCAAGCCUGUUACCGCCCAGUUCGAGCCGGGUGUUCUGAACAUCAUCAUGGGUCCGUCCGGAUCAGGCAAGACGACACUGCUGAAUUCCAUGGGACACCGCCUGAAGAACAGCUUCUCCACAAAGUAUCACUCCGCCGGUCAGCUCCUGGUAAAUGACGCCAUUCCGUCGGAUUCUGUCCUCGAGUCCAUCAUCUCCUAUGUUACUCAAGAUGACGAUGCUUUACUGGCCUGUCUGACUGUGCGGGAAACCCUCAGGUUCGCUGCUGGUCUUCGUCUUCCAUCAUGGAUGUCAAAGGAGGAGAAGAACAAGCGUGCUGACGACAUACUCUUAAAGAUGGGUUUGAAGGAUUGUGCAGAUAACCUCAUUGGAGGCGAACUGGUCAAGGGUAUCAGCGGUGGUGAAAAGCGCCGUGUUACCAUUGCCGUCCAGAUCCUUACCGACCCCCGAGUCCUGCUCCUUGAUGAGCCAACCAGCGGUCUCGAUGCAUUCACUGCCACCUCUAUCAUCGACGUCCUGCGCGGCCUCGCGGAAGAAGGCCGCACGCUCGUUCUGACAAUUCAUCAAUCCCGCUCCGACCUCUUCCAGCACUUCGGUAACAUCUUGCUCCUCGCGCGUGGAGGGUUCCCAGUCUACGCCGGCCCAGGUAAAAACAUGUUGGCGCACUUCGCAGACCAAGGUUUCCACUGCCCGCGCAGCACCAACCCAGCCGAUUUCGCCCUCGACCUCAUCACCGUCGACCUCCAGCACGAAAGCAAGGAAGCCGCCAGCCGCGCCAAAGUCCGCAACUUGAUCGACUCAUGGACCAACGAGAAGUCGGCAUCGCACCAGCAGCAGCACGACAUCCACCACCAACACACGGCCAGCCCCGCCGAGCUCGGCAGCCUCAAACGCAGCACGACGCGCUUCCACAUCGCCUACCCGCUCCUCGUGCGGCGCGCCGCGCUCAACCUCCGCCGCCAGCCGCCGCUGAUGGUCGCGCGCAUCAUGCAAGUCGUCGGCCUCGGCGGCAUCCUCGCGCUCUUCUUCGCGCCGCUCAAAAACGACUACUACAGCGUGCAGAACCGGGUGGGCUUCCUGCAGGAGAUCCCGUCGAUAUACUUCGUCGGCAUGCUGCAGAACGUGGCCGUCUACCCGGCCGAGCGCGACGUCUUCGCGCGCGAGCACGACGACGGCGCCUACGGCGUCGAGGCCUUCUUCAUGCAGUACGCCACCAUCGAAGCGCCCUUCGAAAUCGUCACGAGCCUGGUGUUUGCGGUCCUCGCCGUCCUCGCCGUCGGCCUGCCCCGCACGCCCGAGCUCUUCUUCCUCAUGGCCUUCAACUGCUUCUGCAUCGUCAGCUGCGGCGAGAGCCUGGGCAUCAUGUUCAACACGCUGUUCGCGCACACGGGCUUCGCCGUCAACGUCACCUCCGUCUUCCUCAGCGUCGCCCAGAUCAUGGCCGGCAUCAUGAGCAUCGACAUGCCCGCCUUGCUGCGCGACUUGAACCACCUCUCGCCCAUCAAGUACGUCGUCGCGAACCUCGCGCCGUACAGCCUCGACGGCGUGCGCUUCACGUGUACGGACGGCCAGCGCUUGGCCGGCGGGAGGUGUCCGAUUGAGACGGGCGAGGAGGUGUUGAGGCUGUAUGGGUUGGAGGGCGGUGAUGCGAGGUUGAAUGUGUUGUGGUUGGGGGUGUGCGCGGUCGUGUAUCGGUUUUUGGCGUAUGCGCUGUUGAAGGCGAGGAAGGAGAGGUGGAGUCUGCGGUGGUGGAGAAAGGGGUGA